GAUAUAAAGGAUGGUCUUGAUAAGGUAUCUUCAGUGACAUGGUCUCACUUAGAUGAAUCUAGUUGGAUCGUUUCCAAAAACAUUGAUACAACUAUACCACCCUAACAUCAAUUUUUUACAACACUUUAUGGUUUUAUGACUUGAUUUCAUUUUCACAGCAUUGUAAGCGAAUCUGACGGAUAACAUUGCGAUGGGUAGACUGUUUGAAUUUCUGAUCUGGUCUUUAUUGUUUCUAUCAACAAAAGGACAGGCGUUGUAUGAUGAUAUGGGAGACAGGAAGAGGACUGUAGACUUGGCAUUACUCUCCAUGAGAACCGACCUACAACAAUUUAGUCAAGGUAUUGAAAGGAUGGUGAUGAAGAAACUUGAGGGUUUCGAAAACAUCAUCGAGGCAAAGAUGGACCAAAUAGGGACAAAGAACAACAAAAGUCUUUCCACUAUUCAGACCGAACAACGACUCCUGAGACAGGAAAUGCGUGUACUAAGAUAUCUGGAAAUAUUCAGUCGAUUGAACAACAUUGCUGGUUUCGACUGUGCUGACAUUUUGGACUACUUUCCAGAUACCAGAGAGAGGGAUGGUGUUUAUAAUAUUAUGGAUUUAAAUAAAACAAAGGCUGUGUACUGUGAUAUGACCACUGGCAAUGGAGGAUGGACGGUGAUUCAGCGAAGAGUGAAUGGAUCGGAAGAAUUUGAACGUAACUGGACGGAAUACAAGAACGGGUUUGGAUCUGCUGAUCAUGAGUAUUGGAUAGGAAAUGACAUGCUACAUAGAUUGACGACACUGAAGCCCCAGGAACUGCGAGCAGAUAUCGAGAGAUUUAAUGGAGAGAAAGCCUAUGCUGUAUACUCUACUUUUUCUGUCGGGGACGAGGCCAGUAAAUAUCAGCUACAGGUGAAUGGAUACAGUGGGAAUGCAGGAGAUAGCCUGGAUUACCACAAUAACAUGAAGUUCUCAACUCCGGACCAGGAUAAUGACCUGGACACAGGUUCCUGUGCCGGCGGGUACAAUUGUGGAUGGUGGUUCAACAAGUGUUACAGAGCCAACCCUAAUGGAGCCUACACCGACUCUGAGAAAACUGGCUGGCAUUACAAUGUAUGGUAUCACUGGAAAAGUUCGUAUAUAUCCCUGAAAACAAUACGGUUAAUGAUACGUCCUCGAGCCUGACUUCGAAAUGUUACGUUGCAAAAUUAAGCAGUUCUCUCUAUGUGCAUUUACUUUAUAUACAAUAGGGGGACAAAAGUCUUGAGAAAAAAAAUGGAUUCACGUUUCUAACGCAAGAGGGACAACUCGUACAAAAACCGCUUUGACAGCUGAUUUGCCUACUAUGAAUAGAACAACUUACCUCAGUAUUUAGUUAAGUGUCCCUUCAAACGGAUGACCUGUUGGAUUCUUCGGGGAAGGGGUUCAUAAAGAUUUCUAACAUAAUUUAAAUUGAUAUCCUGCCAAAUUUGCAAUGUUUGGUGAAGAAGUUCGUCCGGUGAAUUGAUCAUGUGUAUACGUGAUUGAAGUUUUCUUUUAAUAUAUAACCAAACAUUUUCUAUAAUAUUUAAUUCCGGAGACUGUGCAGGCCAGCUCAUGUUUUUAAUCCGAUUUCUGGCGACGAAAUCCUGAGUCAAACGGGACCGAUGUACUGGGGCGUUAUCGUCUUGGAAAAGGUAACUCCCAUCUGGAAAAUGGCGAGCUAUAACAGGCCAAAGGUUUGUGUUCAAGAUAUCAAUGUACUUCUCUGAGUUUAUAUUCCCUUCAACUCGACACAAAGUACCAACACCGUUAAAACACAGGCAGCUCCAGACCAUAAUACUGAACUCUCGGCCAUUUUGUCGCGCUGCUAGGUCAGGUCUCUAACCCUCUCCGGCUUUUUUCCACACACAGACACGAUUAUUUUCACCAACACAUAUUUGAGAUUCGUCGCUAAAUAUCACUUUUGACCACUGAUUUCUUACAGUCCACCACCUCUUUUCUCUACACCACAAAAGGCGUUUCUUUCUGUUGACAGUUUUGAUCACAACUUUUUUCCUGUAUACACCUCUAUAAAAUCCAUUUUCUUUCAAUCGCCGUUUGAUAGUUUUUUUAGAUAUGGACGUUGGUCUAUUUUCGUUAUAUAGCCAGACGAUCCCUGUUAACGAUCCUCUGUAGCCUUCGAUAUUUCCGAUCGCCAAUGGAACGGGGUCGGCCCGAUCUCGGCAGGUUUUCAAGCGACCCGGUUCUUUGAAAUUUACCAAUAACUCGGUAAACAUAAGCUAAACAUCUGCUGACACUUCGUGCAAUGUCUGACACUUUUUCUCCGUUUGAAUAAAGCUCUACGAUGACUUGUUUCAUGGGUCGUGAAUUUUCUCAACGUCUCGCCUCCAUUUUGUUUACACCGAUAGAAAGACAAAAUUACUUCGAGCAGACGAAAAAAAUACGUCACAGGCACGUGUCACAUACUAAGCUAUUUAUACUUCACGGGAUUUCCAAAGUUUGAAACCGUUGAGGUGUAAACAAAAUUCAUUUUGCAAGAUUGUGUGAUAUGCGACGCCAUUUUUUUCUCAAGACUUUUGUCCCCCUACUGUACCUGCAUGUUUUUUGUCAACAUUGAACUCUUUUAAACCAUUAUAUGAAUAUAUAAACUACUGUUUAUUAUGUAUCAUUUUUUAUAUUUAAAUUGAUUAAUAUUUUGCUUUUUUAUAAUUAUUAUGAUAACUAAACUCUUGUUGCUAAAGAUAAAAGGGUCUUCUGUUCCUCAUGUAUAUAUUUAAAAAAAAAUGGAUUCCUUUUGUAAAAAGAAAACGGAUCUGAUGUAUACUGUGACGGAUUUUUGCAUUGUUUCUAUGCAAAGCAAAACAAAAUGACAAAAAGUGAAUUUUAGAGUACUUCUUGUGACGAACGGAAGUUUUGCCGGAUCAAACAUAAUAUGAAAAAUUUUCUUCAUACAUUAUUUUGUUUUUUCUCAAUGUUCGGUUGUUCAGUUUUUGUCAGUUUUGAGAUCUCAUUGAGAAAAGGGUUUUUUGUCUCAGGACUGGACUGGAGAAACAGAAGUGAAGGAAGACGCUUAAAGAGAUAUUAUUAGUACAUUUACCUCCGAUACAUAACUGUUCAUCAGACUGAAUAAAAUAUUGAGAGAAAAAAUCUUAACUUCUAAACAGUUUGCUUUGUUUGAACCCUUUUGGUGUGAACCGGAAGUGACAAUCGACAAAAUGAAACCCUUAAAACACAAUUUCAUCAAAUGUCUAUCAUCCCAGUAAGUUUUGUGCCUUAGUCACUUAAAGUUUCUGAAAUCUCGCGGGUACAACAUUUGAUUUAAAAAAGCCACCUGAGAUAUAUGUGAUAUUUCACCGGAAGUAGGUAUUUUUUUUUUAUUCAAGUUCGCACAUAAAAUAAAUGUGGGGAUAUAUACUAAUAUAUUCAUUCUAUGUAAAAUAAAUUUAAUACGUAAAUAAAAUAAUUUAUCAAGUGCUUCCAGUUACGACUGAGUUAACGACAUACAAAAUAAAAUUGUUUGAAUACAUCUGGAGCUAUAUCUCUAUCAUCCGACAAAGUCUGGAUGCUCAGUUAUGUAUCGUUUUAGAGAUCUCGAUAUGACAAUCUUUUUGUCGCGGAGCAGGAAAUGGACAGCCAGAAAUAAAUUUCGAUUUUUUUCUAAAGACUCAAGAUAUUAUAACUCCCUGUCAUCACUGAACAUUUUAAAAAAACCUAUCUUGCCAUCUCUGAGAAAUCUUGUGGACAAAAAAAUUAAAAAAAAAAAAAAAAAAGUAAUAAAAAAAACAAAAAUAAAAAAAAGUAAGAAGAAACAUUCCCAUCACUAUAACGUCUUUCGAUGGAAACAGAAGACAUGAAAUAGGAAAUGUUUGACGUAUUAUUCUUUUUAUUUUGUACAGUGCACUUACACUUCUAAUAUUGAAUGUUAUUUGCAAACAAACAGCAACUUUAGUACUAAUUGGAGGUUUUUUUUUAUAUUAAUUUGAAAUUGCAGAUAACUAUGCACAAACGAUUACACAUAAGAUGGAUAAUGGUCAAUAAUGAGGAUGAUUCGUAAAUAUAUACAUAUUAGACAGUCUUCCUCAUAUUUCUUUCUAUUUGGUUUAAGUGUACAUAACUUUUUUAAACCUCUGUCUUCUGAAAGAAUUUUUUGUCAAGUUAUAAAUUUGUAUAUUAAUAUCCCUUUAAGUAUUUAAGUCAUUUUACUCAUCAUCAACAUUUUUUGUUUUCUGCUAUAGUUUUUGUUUAUUUUAAGAUCUAUAGAAAAUAAAUAUUUUGUUUAA